AGGUUAAAUAAUCUGAUUUUUGAUCAAUUGAAUAAUUCUAAGCUGUUCCAAGCACUUGAAUUUAUAAAACCUCAGCUAACAACUGAAAGUUUGGCAGCAAAUGAUGAGUUUGAUUUUGCAGAUUUAUACCAAUUUAUACAAACUUCUCAUAAAAGUACUGAUACUAUUACUGGUAGUGAAUUUUUUCUUAGAAAAAUACUUAACCCGAAAAAAAAUGUAUCUAUACCGGAUGAUAUCUACAAGCUACUAACAGAGUAUUACAAAAAAGCAUAUGGUGAAAAA